AUGGACAUCCUCCCCGAGAGCCUGACCCCUGACGCAUGCCAGCAGCUGUUCGAUUUGUGCCAGCGCCGCUGCCGAACUGAGCGGCGCAUCGGUGACCCAGGCGGACGCAGCUUGGCCAUCGCGGUUUCCAAUGGCCGCCUGCGCCUCACCAACGCCAGCGAGACCACCGGGAAGCUCUGGGAGCCGUCGCUGCGCGCCAUCGCGCGUGGUUGGCCACUGGCGCAGUGUGUGCCUCCUCAGUUGCGACGCGGCCUGGAAGAUUCCGCGGCCGGCCACGAGGGUGAGGGGCGACUGCUCAGCAUGAUCCAGGCGCUCACCGGUAAGGACCUGACGUGGCAGAAGCGCGUGUGGCCCACAGGCCUGUGCAACUGCAGCGGCAAGUCCUCCGUUGCCGACAAAGCCCGCGAGGUGCUUGCGCAAGGCUUGUUGAAAUGGCACUUGCAAGAUAAUGUGACGCUCCUCGACACCUUCUACAUGUCCUGGCACAAGGCACGAGGCCAGUGGAACUUCUGCGACGACAACAUUGCCGUCUGGGAGAAGGAGAUCAGGCAGGCCGCUGGCGACGCGUGGCAGCCAGGCAAUCCUGCCAACACUUUCUUGGAGACCGAGCUGCAAGGUAAGAGAUAUUACGUGGAAGUCAUCGUGUGGCGGUAUCUCGCGUGCGGAGGAACUGCUAUCAUGGACUUGGACGCUCUCGAACCCAGCCGCUUCCACAAAGCAUUCGCUGGCGUCGAACUCCCCGUCCACUACGAGUGGGCGCGCUUCUCCACCCAGCCCUUCACUGAAAAGCUGACACCUUUGCAGGAGCUGCGCCGAGCGGCCACCAAGCUCGCCGAGGAUAUCCAGAUUUGUUCGUCCCGUGGCUUCACGUGCUCAGUCUGCAAGGCGAAGGGCGGCGUCGAGCGCGAGCAAGUUAUGAGCUUCGACUUGACGCGCGGGGCAGGCUUGCUUCCUGAAGCGGAGGAGAUCACUCUGCAACGUCCCAUCGAUCUCCCCGUGUGCCCGCUGUGCCAGACGAGGCACUGUCGCGCGUGUGCCGACGCGUGCGCGGCACGCAAGGCAGCCGCGGAAGCAGCGGAGGUUCGGGAGCGCGCCACCCACAAGCUCAACGAAGAAGCGCGCGACAACAAGAAGCGGCUGCGUAAGACGGGAGCACUCCAGCCAACAGCAGUCCAACCCGACGGACCUGCUGAGGAGGCCGCUGACCAUUGCGCGCCGGAGCCUAUGCUCAGCAAGAAGGCUUCGCGGCGGCGCGAGCAGAAAGCCAAGCAGCGUAAGGCUGCGCUGCGCCUCGAGAACAAGAACCGCAAGCUACGGAAGCAGGUGGAGAGGCUCAAGCUCACAAGCGACACUACGGUGCAGCAGAGCCUCGAGGCACUGGACAGCAUCAAGGCGCUCGAGGCCGCGCUGUCCAAGGAGAAUCAGGAGAAGCGCCGCCGGCCUGUCCAGCCGCCCCAGGCCACCGAGCUGCAGAAGCACCUACUCGAGAACUCCUUGCGCGGCUCGAGAAUGCGCGCGGAGGCGGCAGCUUUCGUCGCUGCUUAUUCUGGACCUGGAUUAGCUCCGGCUGAUGCGUCUUUCUUCAGCGAGCGCCUCGUGCAGACGGUGCUGCACGGGAGGCCCCAUGCAUCUGGCGAUGCCUAUGACACAUUUGCAAUGGCGGCAGUGUUCGGCGACUUCGCGGACGCCUUUUGCAGCCACGAGUGGGCGGAGCCAUGUUUGCGGGUAGGCCGCCACGUCGUCAUCAGCGCUGCGGCUGUUGCCGAGCAAGCGUCCAUCCCAUGA